AUGCCCGCUCCCGGCACCUUCCCAACCACAUUCUACUCUCAAUGGACCACCACCCCCAGACUCGACCCUAAACUCUCCUUCACCGGCCAGACCAUCAUUGUCACCGGCUCUAACGUCGGCCUCGGUUUCCACGCCGCACAACAGAUUGCCCAACGCGGCGCGUCCAAGGUCAUCCUCGCCGUUCGGUCCGUCUCGAAAGGCGAGACCGCCGCCCAAGCAAUCCGUCACAGUUUCCCACCGUCUUCGCGCGAGAGCACGAUCGUAGAAGUCUGGCCGCUCGACCUUUCUCUGUACCAGAGCGUAAAGGACUUCGCUGCCCGAGCGAUAAACGAGCUGGAUAGACUGGACGUCCUGCUCGCGAACGCUGGUGUAGCGAAAUUGAAUUUCGAGCUCGUGUCCGAGCCGGAGGACGGAGGCGAACCCGACGAAGUGUCGAUCAAGACCAACGUUCUUUCCACGACCCUGCUCGCCUUGCUCCUUAUCCCUAAGCUGAAGGAGACGGCCGUGGAGUAUGGGAUUACACCUCGAUUGACUUUCACGUCGAGUGAGAUGGCAUUUGUGGCGAAGUUUGGAGAGUGGAAGGCGGCGCGGGGAAAGGUAUUUGGGAAGGACGGGGGGCUGGCAGAUCCGACGAAGCCAGAUAUGAUGGAUCGCUAUCAAUUGUCGAAAUUCCUCGAACUCGUCGCCGUCCGCGAGAUCGCAUUACGCAUCUCAUCCACUUCCACCGCCUCUCGACCACUCGUCAUAGUCAACGCCCCGACUCCCGGUUAUUGUGCCUCCUCCCUCGAACGCGACGUCGACGGUCUUCUCCUCCACGUCGCCGUGGGCCUCCUCGGUUUCGUCAUGCACAAACGCAAACCCGAGGUCGGCGCUAGGACGCUCGUACAUGCAGCUGGUAGUGCAGGGGUGGAAUCGCACGGAAUGUUUUUGAGGGACUGUAAAGUUUAUCCGUUCCCUUUGGAUCAUAAUAAGGGGCCGUGGGGCGAUGAGAAGACGUUGAGGAAGAGAGUUUGGGCAGAGAUUAUGGAGAAGUUGGAGAGGAUAGUACCGGGAAUUUCGAGCAGCAUCUGA